CAUGACCAAUGACCAAAAUAGUGAAUCAUGUCAGUUACAAAGUUCCUCUUUAUAAGCUUUAAAAUGGGACGAGUAGGCUGACUAGUUUUCAGUUAUAACUGAAAUCUGGAAAAUGGCAUACUACCAGCAACAGCCCUUUUACAACCCUCAAAUCCCUUUUACUGGUUCAAUCCAAGGAGGACUGCAGGAUGGCAAGAGUAUCACUGUAAGUGGACGAGUUUUACCAGGAGCCAACAGGUUCCAUGUGAAUCUCCAGUGUGGUUCCAGACCAGAUGCUGAUGUUGCCCUGCACUUUAACCCACGUUAUGACUCCAGUCCAGAAUACAUAGUGAUCAACUCCAAGCACAAUUCUUGCUGGGGUGAAGAAGAGCGCAUAUACCAGGCCCUCCUCCCCAGGGGAACCCCUUUCAACCUGCAGAUCCUGGUUACAAGCCACUCAUACAAGAUAAGUGUCAAUGGCAUCCAUGUCAUGGAUUACCAGCACCAUAUCCCAUUCAACAUGGUGGACACUAUCGUAGUGGAUGGGAUGGUGGACGUUAAUACCAUCUGUUUCCAGGAUGCUGUGGUGCCAGCACGUGCUGCCCAAGCAAGCUAUAGUGUGCCAUACAGAACCACCAUCAAUGGCGGACUGUACGCUGGCAAAAACAUUACCAUCCAAGGGGUGGUUAAUUCUCAGGCUUCCAGAUUUGAGAUUAACCUGCGUCACAGAAAUGGGAUUGCCUUUCACUAUAAUCCUCGCUUUAAUGAGAAUGUGGUUGUGCGCAAUACCCAAACAAUGGGGCAGUGGGGCACAGAGGAGCGCUACGGAGAAAUGCCCUUUUACAGAGGACAAAACUUCGAGGUGAUCAUCUCCUGCAAUCCUGAGCAUUACAAUGUGUUUGUCAAUGGUAAUCAAGUGCAUACCUACAACCACCGCUUCACCAACCUGUGGGAGAUUGAUGCUCUGGAGGUGUCUGGUGACCUGAUGUUGACUGAUGUAAACGUUUAGCUCAAUUUUUUAUCUUGGAUUUUUUGUGCAGUAUUAUCUCUGGUACAUUUUAUUAUUAUUUUUACCAAGUCAGUGUGUUACAUGUUAUCUGUAAACAGUGAAUUGUAAAAUGUAAAUUGGUGGAUUUCAAAUUAGAGCAACUCUAAUCAUGGCUGCUUUCUGUUUAUUUCAGCCUGAAAUAGUAAAAAAAAUAAUCUUUCUAUUUUAAUUAGGCUAUAUGAAUAUAAUGAUUAAAUGUGAUCAUUAACCUAUGACUAAAAUAUACUUAUCAAGAUGUUA